CGUAUUGACGUUCAUAAAUCGAAGCGGCUCUUAUGGAAAAUAUAAUAAAAAUCGCUGAUAGUAAAGUAAAUCGCGUCAAUUAUCAAAUAAUAUCGCUAGCUUAAUAUCUGACGAAUAUUUCUAACAUGGCUAGGCUGAAGAAACAUGCGGCAAUCCACGAUAAACAUGGGAAUAAUAAUGAGACAAGUAGCAGUUCGGCAAGCAGUGAGGCUUCAGAUAAAAAAAAGUCUUUUAAGUUCUUUUCUGGAUGGAAGACUGCUGUAGGAGUUAUCUGCUUGUUAGUAGCCAUCUAUGUCGGGACCCUAGGGUACCUGGAAACUCGAGUUAACACCCCAUUUGACGAUGAAAAGGUAGUCCAGGAAUCAGGGCUGAUGGUCCCGGACAGGUACUGGGGAUCGUACCGUCCCGGGGUCUACAUGGGCAUGAAGAGCCGGGAGCCACGGUCGCCCGUGUUCGGCCUCAUGUGGUAUGACUUCACCACCAACAACGGAGUCAGACACUGGUGUGAUCAGAACGACAACCUACCCUCAUACGGGUGGCUGCGGCAUGAUGGCGUCACAUUCGGGGAGCAGAAGAUAGAGGACCCUCCUCAUACGAUCGUGACCUCUUUUGUGAAGACCCCCGGAGGCGACCACGGAGGCCAUUGGACUGUCAGAGUCAAUGUCACUGCUAAGGGUGACAUCAAAAAGCCGUUAAUGCUAGUGUGGUACGGGGCUCUGGACGAGUCCCUGGGGCCGGCGGCGCCGCAGUCUCGGCUGUGGGCCGAGGGCGGAGCGCUACUCGGACACACGCCGCAGCUGCUCAACUUCAGAUUGAAUCUUGUGCCGCUUACAGGCAAGAUAAUCCACCGAUCGUUCUCGGAGGCGCACGCGCCGGGCCUCCACCUACUUAAGGAGAAGUUCAUAUCACUGCUUAAGGCGGAGCGACAUCCCAAGUAUGGUCGUCUGCCUGUACUGGCGCCUGAUGACGAGUUGAAUGAAAAGGACAAAGAAGUUAACUUCGUCUCGAUACAGCUGUUCGUGGAACCCCCAUUCGUUCUGGACGUUGUAUACACGACGGAAGACCUGCCUACUCCGCCAGUGAAAGGGGAUGAGUAUACCAUGGUGUUGGAAGCGAAGAAGAGGUCUUUCGACCAGGAGUUUGAAGAUAAAUUCGGGCUGGCAGCGAAGGGCUACUCACAAGACGACGUGGCGAUAGCGAAGGCGGCCAUGUCAAACAUGAUAGGCGGCAUCGGCUACUUCUACGGGGCGGGCAGGGUGCGGUCGCAGUACACCAGGGAACCAGUGCCUUACUGGCGCGCGCCUCUCUACACGGCCGUGCCUAGCAGAUCAUUCUUCCCCCGCGGCUUCUUAUGGGACGAGGGCUUCCACGGGCUGCUGAUAGGGCGGUGGAGCGCGCACAUCCAGCUGGACAUCGCGGCGCACUGGCUGGACCUCAUCAACGUCGAGGGUUGGAUCCCGCGCGAGCAGAUUCUCGGGGCGGAGGCGCUGGCGAGGGUGCCCAAGGAGUUCGUGGUGCAGAGCAACGCGGCCGCCAACCCGCCGAUGCUGCUGGUGCAGCUGGCGCGGCUGGUGCGCGCGCGGCCGCAGCUGUUCGAGCCGUACUCGCCGCACCGCGCCACCCUCGACAGGAUGUUCACCAGGCUCCAGGCCUGGUACCAGUGGUUCCAGUCGUCGCAGAAGGGAGAGGAGCCCACAUCGUACCGCUGGCGGGGCCGCGAGGACGACGGCGUGCAGCUGAACCCUAAGAGCUUGAGUUCUGGACUCGAUGACUAUCCCAGAGCGUCGCACCCCUCGUACAUAGAGCGGCACGUCGACCUCAGGUGCUGGAUGUACGCGGCGGCCGACGCCAUGGCGACAAUAGCUGAUGUCCUACAGCGGGACCCCAUCAAGUUUGAAGUGCUACGCGACCAGUUGGCAGACGAAGACUUACUCAACGAGCUGCACUGGUCACCCACCACAGAAACUUAUGCUGAUUAUGGACUACAUACAGACGCGGUAAGGCUGGUGAGGCAGCCGCCGAAGAACCCAAAUGAACCAGCCAAGGUGGUGCGCAGUGUCAGCAUGCCCCCAGAGCCGAGGCUCGUCACCUCUGCUUUUGGCUACGUGUCCCUCUUCCCGGUACUGCUGAAGGUCCUCAAGCCCAGUAGCGAGAAGCUCGGCAAGAUAUUAGCCACGCUGGACAAACCCGACCUCCUCUGGUCACCGUAUGGACUUAGGUCCCUAUCAAAGUCGUCGCCACUUUACAUGAAGCGGAACACGAAAGACGACCCGCCAUACUGGCGCGGGCAGGUCUGGAUAAACAUCAACUAUCUCGCUCUAUCCGCACUGAGACACUACGCCGGCCAGGAGGGGCCGCACGCUGUCAGAGCGGGACAGCUGCACGAUAGACUGAGAGAAAAUGUUGUCAAUAAUAUUCUCAACGAGUACAAGCGCACGGGGUACUUCUGGGAACAGUACUCUGGCGAGGACGGGAAAGGUUCCGGCUGCCGGCCCUUCACGGGGUGGACAGCGCUCGUCACGCUGAUAAUGGCUGAGGAGUACUGAACUCCUAUAGAGCUAUGCUCGCCUGGUACUUCCAGUGGCGUGCCGUCCCCGGGAAUGUUCCCACAGUGGGAGUGUUCCCAAAGUGGGAGUGUUCCCAAAGUGGGAGUGUUCCCAAAGUGGGAGUGUUCCCAAAGUGGGAGUGUUCCCAAAGUGGGAGUGUUCCCAAAGUGGGAGGGUUCCCAAAGUGGGAGUGUUCCCAAAGUGGGUGUUCCCAAAGUGGUAGUGUUCCCAAAGUGGGAGUGGUCCCAAAGUGGGAAUGUUCCCAAAGUGGGAAUGUUCUCAAAGUUGUAAAAACUCUUUAAUAGUAAGGCUACUUGACUGCUCUUCAUUUUCAAAUUGUUCUUUCUUGUACUCUGGUCUUAUCUUGAAUUCUAUUAUUGAUAUCACGCGGUCUCUAAGAAUUGUGAUCUCCUUCUUCUUCUUAUCGUGUCGAUGGCAAACUAAAUUGUAUUGUAUCUCCUAUUAACUUUAAAUUCGAUGAGAUUGUCAUGUAAUGUUUACUAUAGAAUUGUUACUAACACGUUGUGGGAGACAUUGCACAUGCAUAGGUCCUUUUUGACCACAUCCGCUCAUCUUGUUUACUCAGUGUCCUAAAAUAAAAGAGUUUUUAAAAAAGGAACAUUCUCACUUUGAGUACGUUCCCAAGUACGGCACAUUGCUGGGAAGUUAAAAUGGCCACAUCGAAGCAAUUCAUCUAAGAAAGCGAUAUUGCAAUUUGACAUUUGCGCAUAUAAAAGUAACUGCGCAAUGCACACAAAUGUCAAAUAGCAAUAUUCUAAGAUGAAUUGCUUCGACGUGGCUAUUUUAACCCCCCCAGAUCUUAAAUGGUAGUGCUAGUUUUUAUGAGUAAUUAUCUGAUACUUAUCUAGAUAAGGUUAACAGACAGUUUAUCAGCAAUUAAAGUAACGAAAUUUACCUUAAGUGUAGAAAUAAUGUGGAGCCUCGUAUCCACUUGGCAACAAUUCGCAACAUUUACGGCAACGUUGCACAACAGCGCGCGACGUUGCCAGCUCAAGCGCGACGUUGCCAGCUCAAGCGCGACGUUGCCAGCUCGAGCGCGACGUUGCCAGCUAGAGCGCGACGUUGCCAGCUCGAGCGCGACGUUGCCAGCUCGAGCGCGACGUUGCCAGCUAGAGCGCGACGUUGCCAGCUCGAGCGCGACGUUGCCAGCUCGAGCGCGACGUUGCCAGCUCGAGCGCAACAUGUUGCGCGGCUUGUUGUUUGUUUAGCGAACAUCGUUAGUUGAGCAUCAAUGGGGAAUGGAUGAAAAAAUUAAAAAGUACUUGAAUAUUUUUCUAUGAGUAGGAAUAACCCUUUUCAUAAAAAUGUUUCAGAUUUAUCGGUUGCGUCAAAUUGUUAUAAAAAAUUAAAACGUUUUUUUCCCGCCAUUAGGUCUAUAGUAAUAGAUAUUUCUGAAUUUGAAUUUAAAUUGUAGCGGACCCAACUAGUUGGCCACCUAGUUCCAGAUGGCGCCACAUUCAAUAAUGCAGACUUCAAGCAGUCGUGAAACGCGAUAUCGAAGUUUACACAGCCAGACGCAUAUAUACAACUUCCAACAUAACACCGUUGGAUCGUCGAUCCCUAGUCACACUACCAACUUGUGGCUAGCGGGGUACCAUGCUCAGUUCGGUACCCCGAAAACAUCCUUUGGCGGCAGCACACCUUCGCCUCUAAAAAAUAUUCAAUAAAGCAAGCAACUGUCCCGUUCCCCUUCCCACCAAAAAGCCACUAAAGUUAUGUUUAUAAUAUGUCACUGUCAGUUGUCAAUGAGCCUUUUUUUAAGUGACAGCCUAUGGACAUCUUUCAUACAGAGUUACAGACGUAGUAACAGGCCUAAUGACGGGAAAAAACAUUUUAUUUUUGUAUGACGAUUCGACGUAACUGAAAAAUCUGAAACAUUAUUAUGUUCAUGAAAAAAGUUAUUCCUACACAUAGAGAAAUAUUCAAAUACUUUUAAUUUUUUCAUCCAUUUUUCAUUGUUGUUGAGUGGAGAUGUAACGCGCAAAAACACUAGAUCUAUAGUAUAGCGACAUGUUGUCGACGACAGACGUGUAUUAGAUGCGCAGACAGACAGCGUUGUUAAACAAAAAUUCCGCGCUAAAAUGUUGCGCAAAAUGUUGAAACGCGGACUAAUACUUACACGCAACAAAGCUCAAUUGUUCAAAUAUAUGUAAAUAUUACAAUUAUUUUGUAGAUUUUACUUUUCACAUAUGGGCUGUGGUCUAUAUAUUUAGUAGAAAACUUAAUGAACAGGGUGUUAGUGACAUUAUAACGAAAAUUUUGACGGAUGAUUCACACCAUGAUUCUGAGUUGACAUCAAGUGGAAUUUUCCGUCGCAAAAUUAGAUUUGAAAAAAUCAUGAAUUGAAAAAAACCACUUGAUGUCAACUCGGAAUCAUGGUCAGAAUCAUCCCCCUCAGUAUUCGUUACGAUGUCACUAACACCCUGUAUGAUAAUGUAAUAUAGUGUUAGAGUGCUCGCCAUUAGAGGGUUUUAAUUUAAUUUAUUAUUAUUUAACGCCAUCUAUAUUCUUUGGUUGGUUUGGACACGUAGAGCGGAUGAAGGAUAAUAGAAUUGCAAAAGCGGUAUAUAAAGCGAAAGUUGAUGGAAGGGCUGGCAGAGGAAGACCGAGAAGGACUUACGAUGACCAAAUUGGAGAUGUCCUUAGAAAAGGUUCAAUACGAUCUACUCUGAACCGGCGUGCGUGUAUGAAGCGAUUGAUGAAUGUGGAGGAAGCAAGAGAAGUGUGUCAGGAUCGAAGCAAAUGGAAUUCUAUAGUCUCUGCUUACCCCGGUGGGAAAUAGGCGUGAGUUUAUGUAUGUAUGUAUGUAUGUAUAUUCUUUGGUGAACAAAGCCUGGAAAGUCCAUCAUUCGGUUUAUUUUAAUGUAUUUUUUAAAGGGUUUUACGCGUAGCCUUUUAAGCCUCUCAUUUUUUUUAUUAUAAAAUCCGACAUUAUCUAAUAGUUCAUUGAAAAAAAUGGCCCGAAGGUCUAUGUAACCAGGCCAGAAAAUUCCAAAAAAAAAUCCAUUGAUAAAAAUGUCCUUCUCAAGGACCAAGUGAGCAUUUUCAAAAAUAAGUGUACCUCCCAUUUUCACGUUGUCCCUUGUGUUUGAAGUCUAAUAACUAGUAAAAUUUACUUCUAGCUAAUUAUUUUAAUUAUUGAGAUACAUUAAAUAUAUUCUAAACUAAUUAAAUUCUAACAAAAUCUUCAUGGUUAUGAGGAAUUAUUUAAAUAAAAUGUAAAUUUUUAUCACUAAGUACUAGAUUUUGCCGUGUCCCCCACUCAAACUGAUAAAUGUUUGAAGAGAUUCUUAAAACUUUUUGUACUAGGGUAUCAUUUGAUGUUUGGUAUUGGUUGAAGUUUUCUAAAGGUUCUCUCAUUUCCAGUAGUUUAUAAUUUAAAUCUUGUGCUUAUUUAAAUAUAGUUCAAUUUUUUCAAAAGUCUUAAAAAGUGUACCGACCGGACAUGUCGGGUUUGUCACGACUAAAACUGCCUAUUGAAAUUAUUUACGGUAGCUAUUUUCGUUUUAAAAUGGCAAAAUUAUCCUUAAUUUACUGGUCGCCAUUUAAAAAAAGACUAGUGACAAAAUAUAUUUCGUGACGCGAGACGUGUUUUCUGGUAUUCCACGGCCGUCAAAAUUUUAUCUGUCGGGUUUGAGACGAUAUAAAAUCAGAUUCAGGUGAGUUUUAUUUUAUUAAUUUAUUCAGAAGAUGAACUAUAUUAUAAUGCAAAAUUAUUUACAUUUGGUGACAAGACUAGGUAUUUUUUUUCCUUUUAAAUAUCGGUUUGAAUACAAAAUGGGAACAGAGCGUCACGUCAGUUUAGCGACAUUUUUCCCUGUGACCUACAGGCUGACUAGUAAAGUCGCAAAACCGACACUAUAAAGCUGAGACUACAUACUGAAAAGGUUUAAAUUUUUUAGGCUUAACAAUGCCACUAACUAGUGCAGAACGGUCUCGGAGAUAUAGAGAAAAAAUUAAAAAAGAAAAUCCCGAGAAAUUAAACGCCCAAAGGUUAAAAAAUUUACAAAGAAUAAAAUCGAAGAAGAAAAAAAUAUCUGAAAUGAAUGAAGAAGAAGCUGAAAAAAGAAGACAAGUUUGUUAUUUGUUAAACUAAGUAAUCUUGAUUUUCAAAAAGACUGUUCCCAUUAAGAAUUGAUAAUUAUUUGGCUAAAAACUUAAAAUUUGUGUAAGUAUAUCUUUUAUUUUAUUCACUUACAUUUUUGGGUUCGGUUUUCUCCUGUGUGAGCCCACCCUUAGAAAAAUUCGUAUGUCAGUUUUGCGAUAGUCCCUCAUUUUGCGACAAAGAAAUUCUUAGAUUUUUCUAAUUUUCAAUAUGGAGAGUUGCUAAUAAUUUCUAUUAUUUAUUAAAAUGAUUUUAAUAUUCGGUAUCACAAUAAUUACUUUGUUUAUUAAACUAAUAUUCGAAAUUAAAUCGUAAAUAUAAUGGUUGCCUUGGUAUCAGCUGUGACAAAACCGAACGAAAAACUAGCAUAUUUCGUGUUUUAUAGAUUUUAUGACUAUGUAUAUAUUUUUUUCAUAAAAUAUCUUUGGUAAUCUUCAUAACACAACUAAAAUCAUAUUUACAUCUUUCUUAUAGUUACAGACCAAUUAUUUUUUAAGAUAGUCGCAAAACUGACAUUUUUUUCGCCCGUCGCCCUAUAAUUUAAUAAUUUUUCGUAAAAAAGAUUAAUCUGUUAACAACUUCACAUAAUUUCAUAAACUAUCGCGUAUCUUAAUAAUAUCUAAAUCAAAAUAUCUCCAACAAUGUCAUAUUUUUAAUUAUAGCUAAAAUUCAGACGUGGUACACUUAAUUUUGAAAACGCUCAAGUAUUGUCCUUCUAAGUGGUGGGUUGCCUUAAUAAUUCUAAUGUUGCUAGCGUUAAAUUCCCUAUUUCUAGGUUGUGUAUUUAGUGUCAAUAAAUUUAAACAUCUCUAUAGCGUUAUCAUGUUUUCACAGGGUCCGCUUACCUAACCUGAACUAGUAACCAGGACCAACGGCUUCUUAUGAAGCACGGAUCAUCUUAUUUCGGACAAUCGGGUGAUCGAAUGUCCUAUCCAAAUUUAUGAUUAUGCCCACAAGGAUUCGAACCUGGGAUCUAAAGAUCGUGAGCCCAACACUCAACCACUGAACCACGAAAGUCGUUAAUAACUAAAUCAAGCGUUAUCCCGUUUUCACAGGAUCCGCUUACCUAGCCUGAAGUUUUGACAGGUCCGCUUUUUUACAGAAGCGACUGUCUGUCUAACUUUCUAACCCGCGAAGGGAAAACCAGCCCAAUACAGGUAGGUCAGGUAGGUAGGUAGGUCACAUACCUCCGAAAAGCAUUCCUCGGGAGUGUGGGUUUCCGGCGCAAAAGUAUGGAAUUUAAAUUUUUUAAAAAAGUAACAUUUUAAUGAUCUUUGCGACGGAAAUUUCACUUGAUAUUAGCUCAGAAUCAAGGUUUGAAGCAUCCCCCUCAGGUUUCGUCGCUGUAUAGGCUAUUUGUGUAUGUUUUUAUCUAUGUAGUUAUAUAUCAAACAACUGUUGAGCAUUUAUUUAUAAUAAUUAACUUAAUACAAUGUACAUAAACAAUAGUUAUAUUCCAGUACAGACUUUAUUUUAAGUUAUACCUGUCACUUUCUUAUCCGCCAAAAAGGAAAGGGACGGAUCUGCAGGAAUCAUGGCCAAUUUCUUGUUAAUAAAAUGACAAUUGAAAUAUUA